CCCUCUAGCGGUUACCAGGGCAACAGCCGAGCCGGAAGUAGACUUGCUCGAUCGAUACACGUGUGAAAUGCAGUAUAUCUCAAGAAAAACCCACUUCAGAUGAUAAUAUUAAUCAAAAACAAACUCAGAAGUCUGGAGAAAGAGUGAAGAUGUUCGGCUCUUCGAGGUCAGGAGGAGUGAGAGGGGGGCAGGACCAGUUUAACUGGGACGAUGUGAAAGUGGACAAACACAGAGAGAACUAUCUGGGGAACUCUCUGAUGGCCCCAGUGGGACGCUGGCAGAAGGGAAAGGACCUGACGUGGUUUAGUAAAGACAAACAGAGCUCAGGGACUCCGGACCGAGAGCAGGAGCUCCGAGCGGUGAGAGAGGCGGAGCACAACGCCAUGAUGGUCGCACUGGGUCAUAAAACUGUUCAGAAGCGUCCGGCCGGUCUAACAAAGGAGGAUUUGGUGGACGUGUGUAGAAGAGAGGGAGACGGGGAAGAACGAGACGUGGACCGAGUCUCUGGGCUGGGAAGCUCCAGUGGUGGAGGUCGGAGGAUGAUUUUGUCCAAACAGGAGAAGGAAGCGGUGAAAAUGGGUCUCCCGGUGUUUACCCAUCAUAAGGUAGCCGGAGGUGAAGCUGCAGCCGCAGCCAAGAACACAGAGGACACGCGGAUAGAAGAAGAGACUAAAAGUGACAGAAAUGAAGGCCACAAGAAAAGUAGAAAGGAGAAGAAGAGCAAAAAGGAGAAAAAGAAGAAGAAAGAGAAGAAGAAGCGGCACAGGAAAGAGUCGUCUUCCGACUCGGACUCGGACUCAGACCGUAAAAGACGUAAGCAGCACUACGGAGACCACCGACGUGGUUCUAGCCCGUCACAUGGCAGUCAAAGAGGAUUCGAUGCUCAUGACAGAUGUUCAGAUCGGGGAUCAAAGGUCAGGCAUCGAAGCCCCUCCCCUUCACCCAGGAACCGCCCACCCCGACGUCGUCACGACACUGACUCAGAUGACUGAUGUCCACGUGAGACAGCAGAUCUUCAGAUUCAUCAGCUUAUUAACACACAAUUCAUUAUGAUAAAGUGUGUGUGUGUGUGUGUGUUUGUUUGGGACACAGCUUCUGGAUUGUUUGUGAACAAAUGAAUAAACUGCAAUUUAUGUUU